GUCAUGUUUCCCGCCCGUGACUUGUCCACGCGCCAAUCGACAUGACAAGCCGUCAGUCGUACGAGUUGCGCUCGAGAUCAGGGACGCCUUUUGCGACACCGCCGCCAAAGUCUGGUCGUUGGGAAGAUCAGACGCUGCAAGAAUCCAAGGAGAAUUCGGAUGAGGAACCCUUCACGACGCAAGGGACGAAUGAGUCUUCCACGACAACAUUUACAAACGACUCGACUGUGUUCCGCGAAAGCGAGUACACUGAAGAGUACGACGAAGACAGCGACGACGAUCAAGUGCAAUUUAUCAAACACAACAAGCCACGUUUCGGAAAGCGCGUCCAUGUGAUCGCAGUAUAGUCCUCCUUUGAUGCGUUCUUGCGUGAUGCCUGACCGACAGCAUUGCACUAGACGACGAGUUUGCGCAUGCUCUUGGAGCUCAUCAACUUGAUGUGGUUUCUACUUCCGUUCGUUUGCCUUGUCGUGGCAUUGGUGUUGCCUCGGCACUUGAUCGAGGCCAUCCAGGCAACCCCGGUUUCGUUGACUUCCCCAGGACAUAACCACUUGAACUCCAUGAGCAGCGUCCAAACUCACAUGGACGCGAUGAUCAAGGAAAUCGGCCACCUGAAAAAAUUCCAAGAGGAGCACGAAGUGCGCAUGGAAGAAAUCAUGUUCUUGUACGAGCAAAUGACCAAGCAGGUCGACACGCUUGCCGAUACGGCGCGAACGCCCUCGAGUGUUGUCGGCGAUGAGGCUGUGCUGAAUCACGUGUCGGAGAUGAUCCAGACGGCGCUGAAAAAGGCCAUUCGUGACGUGAAAACCGAGUACAAGGCAGCUCUCCAACCCGUCGAAGCUAGCUUGCGCCUGGUGACAACCCAAGCGACGUUGAUCGAGAACGAACUCAAGACGCACAAGGAUCGGUUAACCGACGUUGAAGACCUUGUAGAAGGCAGCAAGACUCAACUGCUCGAAACUAUUUACGACGCCAACAACCCCGAGCUGCUGGAGCGGCAAAUUGAGUCGAUUGUGGCCACGAAGAUCGGUCAGGUCCAGGACCAAGUGACGAGGGUGAUUUCGGAAGAAUCGACUCGCCACGUGAAGGUGCUGAAAGCAGAACUCCACAACGCGACACAAGCUGGCCUCGACCGCCUCAUCGACCAAAAGGUGGCGCAUCAUCUUACUCAGCACAUUCUAUCGGACGGCACGACCGGCGGCGUCGCUGUGCAACCACAAGGACGGGUGGACUAUGCGAGUUUUGCUGCUGGUGCGCGCGUCGUGCGUCACAAGAGCGAUUUGACUGGACCCAAGUUUUUGACAUCCGUCGUGCAAAACUUGUUUUCCCCAUCCAUGUUCACGUCCAAGUCGUACAAUGCGUUCCCGCUCUGCUCCCUUGCCGGCAACUCGUGCCAGAACGCCAAGCCCGAAGCCGCGAUUUCGUCCAAUGUGGAUGUGGGGCAAUGCUGGGGCCUGGCAUCCAACGCGGGCAAGCUGACCGUGAAAUUGGCCCACCCCGUCAUCCCUGACACCGUCGCACUGUAUCACAUUGACCCGUCCAUCGCGCCUGACUUUUCAUCUGCCCCCCGUGACUGUCAAGUUCUUGGCUUGAUUGUGGAAGGAAGCGAGGUGCGCCAAGUCGACUUGGGUUCGUUUUCGUACCAGAAAGACGGCGGGUCGCGGCAGGAGUUUCGUCUAAACAGCCAGGGAACUCCAGUGCAUGGCGUGACGUUGCGCGUGCUGUCCAACUAUGGCAACGAAAAGUACACGUGCCUGUAUCGAUUCUCUGUCCAUGGCGAACGCCCAACAGCCUAGCCAGAGGUCCAUUUUACCAACUCAAACAGUUGUGUCUCCAUGUUGAUCAUCGCGCAUU